AUGAUUAUGUAAUAAAAAGAAUUUAAUAAAUAAGAUAUAAUAAAAAUUUUAUUUCUCAUAUUAAAGAAAAUACAUAAUAGAAGUUUGAAUUUAUAUUUAUAUUUAUAUUUAUAUUUAUAUUUAUAUAUAUAUUAUAUUUAUACAAAUUCUUAAUAAUACUUUUUUAUAUAAACAAUUUUAAGAUAUAUGAUAUAUAUUAAUAUUUUUUUUAUUAUUUAAUUUUAUUAGAUAUUAUUUUUAUUUUUAAUAUAUAUAAAAUAUUUUAAUUAAUAUUUUCUUUAAAAACAACUUUAUAUUUAAAUAAUUUUUAUUUUAUUAAUUUUCAUUUAUCUUAUUUUUAUUUAUUAUGAUUUUGUUUUUUUAUAUUACAAUUUAAAUUUAAUUCAUUUUUACAUAUAAAAAGUACUCUAUAAUAUAUAUAUGAAUAUAAUAAAAUAAAUAUUAUUAAUAAUUAUAUAAAUAUUAUUCAAAUAUUUAUUUUAAUAUAUCUUUUAUUUUAUAAAAUAAUAAAGAUAUAUAUUUAAAAAAUAUCA